AUCUUCUUCAUUAGGCCGAAAUUUCAAGGGUUCUCCAUAGCUAGGGUUUGUUUCAAGCUUCCAAGCUCCAUAAUCAAGAAAGACGUGGAAUCGACCUCAAUCGAGGAAAAGAAAAGAUUGUGGACUAAAUUGCAAAAUCUUUGUAUUUUGGUACCAAGUUUUGGACAAGCUAGCUCAGGAGUCGGGAUAGGUCGAAGGCUCACUCACACUAUCCGAAGAUUUUUGUAAAUGGAUCCCGAUCCAGCUGUGGCAGAUGAAGUACAGAGUAAUGCGCCAGCUCCGGCUGAUGGAGCAGCGCCGACUGAAAACCCACCCCCUACUGUUGGUCAGGGAGGAGGGGAAAGGGAUCGGGAAGCCUUUCUCCAAAUGAUGAGUGCAUGGUACACUGAGUUCGUUCGUACGAACCCAAAUGUACGACCUCCCCCACCUCCCCCAAUUCCUCAACCUAUGCCUCCAAUGCCUCAAGGAGUGGAUAUGAUAAAAUUUCACAGAACCCCCGUUGAUAGAAUUCGUAAACAAGGGGCUGAAGAAUUUAGAGCAAAUAUUGAUGAUGAUGCAGAGAAAGCAGAGUUCUGGCUUGAAAAUUCUAUCCGGGUAUUUGAUGAAUUAUCUUGUACACCUGAAGAAUGUUUGAAAUGUGCUACAUCUUUGUUGAGAGAUUCAGCCUAUAAUUGGUGGAAGACUUUGAUUUCGGUGGUACCGAAAGAGAGGGUAACCUGGGAAUUCUUUCAAGAAGAGUUUCGGAAGAAAUAUAUUAGUGAAAGAUUUAUUGAUCAGAAAUGUAAAGAGUUUCUUGAGCUGAAGCAAGGUAAUAUGACAGUCUCAGAAUAUGAAAGAGAGUUUGUUCGAUUAAGUAAGUAUGCCAGGGAAUAUGUUCCUACAGAAGCCAAGAUGUGCCGACGAUUUGAAGACGGGCUUAACGAAGACAUUAAGGUAUUUGUUGGGAUCCUUGAACUAAAAGAAAUGGUGGUACUUGUCGAUCGAGCUUGCAAGGCUGAAGAAUUACUGAAGGAAAAGAAAAAGGUAGAAUCUGAAACACGAAAUUGGAAGAAAAGACCAAUGAGUAAUGCACCCUCACAGCAAACCGGAAAGUCAAGAAAUAUGAAUCCUCGUUCCCAAGUUUCAGCUGGGCAAUCAUAUGGAAAUUUUAAGAAGCGAAAUGUGGGUCCUAAAUCUCAGACUACUUCUGCGGCUAGUGUGGGAAAUACGAGAUUUGUUAAACCCGAGUGCCAGCGGUGUGGUAGAAAUCAUUUUGGUCCGUGCAGAGCAAAUGAAUGUUUUCGAUGUGGUUCUCCGGAUCAUUUUAUUAGAGACUGCCCAGAGAGAGCUGAGAAAGAAAAAUUUCAGAAUGUAAAAGCUAGUGGUGCAGACUCGAGGGGAAGGUAUCCGAGAAAAGUUGGAAGUGAAACAAGCAGUAAGAAUGUAGCCAGGGAUGCACCGGUUAGACCUGAAGGAAGGGCUCCGGCUAGAACUUAUGCUAUUAAAGCGCGUGAAGAUGCUUCCUCACCUGAUGUGAUUACCGAUCAAGAAAGACGUGGAAUCGACCUCAAUCGAGGAAAAGAAAAGAUUGUGGACUAAAUUGCAAAAUCUUUGUAUUUUGGUACCAAGGUAAGUUCAAG